UGUGCGGGCCGCCGGCGCCGCGCAGAAGUUUGCCGAGCGCUUUCUCGCCGGCUGGUCCCGGACUCGCGCGGCGCCGCGAGCCGCCUCCUCCUUCUGCCGCCGCCCUGUUCUCCCGGGAUUCCUUCUCUGCGGACAGACGCUCUGCUGGCGGGAGGCUGAGGUGGGCCAGGGGGGAUCGCCGAGGAGGAGCGGCGGGGGCUGUUCCAGUGACAGCUUCGCGUCGGACGCGGGGCGCGUGGAGCCCUGGCCGCCGAGAAUCUCGCCCACCUUCCCGCGGCCUCCGGGCGGGCGAUGUGGCCGCCGAGAGGAAGGAGGGCGCCCCGGAGAGCCUAGAGCCUGUUCCUGCCCGCUUGGGGAAGGGAGCAUGGAGUUGUGAGCGCCCCUCGCUCGGCGAGGCCGCCGCCGGCAGGCUCCCCAUGGCCGGGACCUACAGCUCCACUCUGAAGACGCUGGAGGACUUGACCUUGGACUCCGGGUAUGGGGCCGGGGACUCGUGCCGCUCCCUCAGCCUCUCGUCCUCCAAGUCCAACUCUCAGGCGCUCAACUCCUCGGCGCAGCAGCACCGCGGGGCGGCCUGGUGGUGCUACUCCGGCUCCAUGAACAGCCGCCACAACAGCUGGGACACGGUGAACACGGUGCUGCCCGAGGACCCCGAAGUGGCCGACCUCUUCUCGCGCUGCCCGCGCCUCCCGGAGCUGGAGGAGUUCCCCUGGACGGAGGGAGACGUGGCCCGGGUGCUUCGCAAAGGCGCCGGCGGCCGGCGGCUGCCCCUGUUCUCCGCCGAGGGGGUGCGGCGCCUGGCCGGGCUGCUCCGCAGGGCGCUCAUCCGCGUGGCCCGCGAGGCGCAGCGCCUGAGCGUGCUGCACGCCAAGUGCACCCGCUUCGAGGUGCAGAGCGCCGUGCGCCUGGUGCACAGCUGGGCGCUGGCCGAGAGCUGCGCGCUGGCCGCGGUCAAGGCGCUGUCCCUGUACAGCAUGAGCGCCGGCGACGGGCUGCGCCGCGGCAAGUCGGCGCGCUGUGGCCUCACCUUCUCGGUGGGCCGCUUCUUCCGUUGGAUGGUGGACACCCGCAUCUCCGUGCGCAUCCACGAGUACGCGGCCAUCUCGCUCACGGCCUGCAUGGAGAACCUGGUGGAGGAGAUCCGGGCCAGGGUGCUGGCCAGCCAGAGCCCUGAUGGUGGAGGGGCCGGGGGCGGGGAGGUGUCCGCCGAGGCCCUGGAGAUGGUCAUCAACAACGACGCCGAGCUCUGGGGCGUCCUGCAGCCCUAUGAACAUCUCAUCUGCGGCAAGAACGCCAAUGGUGUCCUCUCCCUCCCCGCGUACUUCAGUCCUUACAACGGUGGGUCCCUGGGCCACGACGAGCGAGCCGAUGCCUAUGCUCAGCUGGAGCUCCGGACCCUGGAGCAGUCCCUCCUGGCCACCUGUGUGGGAAGUAUUUCAGAGCUGAGUGACCUGGUGUCCCGCGCCAUGCACCACAUGCAGGGGCGCCGCCCGCUCUGCCCGGGCUCCAGCCCCGCCCGCCAGGCCCGCCAGCCGCCCCAGCCCAUCACCUGGUCCCCCGACGCCCUCCACACGCUCUACUACUUCCUGCGCUGUCCACAGAUGGAGUCCAUGGAGAACCCCAACCUGGACCCCCCGAGGAUGGCGCUGAACAACGAACGGCCCUUCAUGCUGCUGCCGCCGCUGAUGGAGUGGAUGCGCGUGGCCAUCACCUACGCAGAGCACCGCCGCAGCCUCACCGUGGACAGCGGCGACAUCCGGCAGGCCGCCCGGCUGCUGCUGCCUGGCCUGGACUGUGAGCCCCGCCAGCUCAAACCCGAGUGCUGUUUCAGCUCCUUCAGGAGGCUGGAUGCCCGAGCGGCCACCGAAAAAUUCAACCAGGACCUGGGCUUCCGCAUGCUCAACUGUGGCAGGACGGACCUCAUCAACCAGGCCAUCGACGCCCUGGGCCCAGACGGGGUGAACACUAUGGACGACCAGGGUCUGACGCCGCUGAUGUACGCCUGCGCGGCCGGGGACGAGGCGAUGGUCCAGAUGCUGAUUGAUGCGGGAGCGAACUUGGACAUCCAGGUUCCAAGCAACUCUCCCAAGCACCCCUCCGUCCACCCCGACAGCCGGCACUGGACCUCGCUGACGUUCGCUGUGCUGCAUGGACACAUCUCUGUGGUGCAGCUGCUGCUGGACGCCGGGGCCCACGUGGAGGGCUCAGCAGUGAGUGGCGGUGAGGACAGCUACACGGAGAGCCCCCUGCAGCUGGCCUCUGCGGCUGGGAACUAUGAGCUGGUCAGCUUGUUGCUGAGCCGAGGCGCUGACCCCCUGCUCAGCAUGCUCGAAGCCAAUGGCAUGGCCUCCUCCCUCCAUGAGGAUAUGAACUGCUUCAGCCACUCGGCCGCCCACGGCCACAGGAACGUCCUGAGGAAGCUCCUGACACAGCCCCAGCAGGCCAAAGCGGACGUGCUGUCCCUGGAGGAGAUCCUGGCCGAGGGCGUGGAGGAGAGCGACACCUCCAGCCAGGGCAGCAGCAGCGAGGGGCCCAUGCGGCUGAGCCGGACCCGCACGAAGGCCCUGCAGGAGGCCAUGUACUACAGUGCCGAGCACGGCUACGUGGACAUCACCAUGGAGCUGCGGGCACUGGGCGUCCCCUGGAAACUGCACGUGUGGAUCGAGUCUCUGAGGACCUCCUUCUCCCAGUCGCGCUACUCAGUGGUGCAGAGCCUCCUGCGGGACUUCGGCUCCAUCAAGGAGGAGGAGUACAACGAGGAGCUGGUGACCGAGGGCCUGCAGCUCAUGUUCGACAUCCUCAAGACCAGCAAGAACGACGCCGUCACGCAGCAGCUGGCCACCAUCUUCACGCACUGCUACGGCAGCAGCCCGGUGCCCAGCAUUCCCGAGAUCCGGAAGACGCUGCCCGCCAGGCUGGAUCCUCACUUUCUGAACAACAAGGAGAUGUCCGACGUGACUUUCCUGGUGGAAGGAAAGCUCUUUUAUGCGCACAAGGUCCUGCUGGUGACGGCUUCUAACAGGUUCAAGACGCUGAUGACCAAUAAAUCAGAACAAGAUGGCGACGGUGGCAAAACUAUUGAGAUCAGCGACAUGAAGUACCACAUUUUCCAGAUGAUGAUGCAGUAUCUGUACUACGGAGGGACAGAAGCCAUGGACAUCCCAGCUGCUGACAUCCUAGAGUUGCUGUCAGCUGCCAGCCUGUUCCAGUUGGAUGCCCUGCAGAGACACUGUGAGAUCCUGUGCUCUCAGACCCUCAGCGUGGAGAGUGCCGUGAACACCUACAAGUACGCCAAGAUCCACAACGCCCCUGAACUGGCCCUGUUCUGUGAAGGCUUCUUCCUCAAGCACAUGAAGGCCCUGCUCGAGCAGGACUCCUUCCGGCAGCUCAUCUACAGCCGCAACAGCAAGGUGCAGGGCCUGGACCCCCUGCAGGACCUGCAGAGCACCCUGGCCGAGCGCGUGCACUCUGUCUACAUCACCUCUCGGGUCUGAGGGCAGUGGGGACGCGGCAGGGCGGCAUAGCCUGCCGCCUCUGGGCCGGGGCUCCGAGUCUAGGCGUCCCGGGUGGGGAGGGGGGCCUGAAAGGCUGGGAGCAAGUGCUUCCGGGGGCGUCUGAACAAGUACACACCUGGGCCCUGUGGAUGGGUCGGAGCCCCGCUGUGGGGGUAGGGGCACUGGCUGUAGGCCUCCUUGGAGCCAGGCUCAUGGGGCUCCGUUUCCCCCUCAUUCUGCAGACCCCCUCUCCGGUGUUAAUCGGUCCUUGGGUAGGCUGAUGUGCUCUGAGCCCCCGGUCACUGGGCGGCCCCACUGUCAGCCCCUCUGCCCCAGGGUGGUUUGCUUGACGAGUGAUGGGCAGACAAGGCCAAAAGGUGGCCCUUCCCCCCACCCCCGACCCCAUACUGUUUGCACCUCGAGGGCCACGGUGCACUCACCCUCGUGUGCCCCUUUUCCCCUCCUGGAGGUCUAGGGUUGACCCUGAUUCACCCCUGCUUGAAAGAGCUUCUGACCAUUCAUUCCAGGCUCUGACCACCCACAAUCCCCAGGCCUCCCCAAGCUCGGACUGUCCCAGCUGGGGCCCCUGGGGGUAUGGGCAUCCUGAUGAAGGUAGAGAACUUACACUCUGGGCCCCAGGCCACUUCGUGCCGAAACUGGUAUUUUUCCUCAAGGUCACAUCAGAAAGGCUGCCCAAAUCCUUGAACUUCUUCCUCAAGGCUAGGCCUUUGUGAUGUGAGCCUCCGAGGGCCUGAAGAUCCCUGCCCAGAGGGUCACUUACAGUCCUAUUUUCUUUGGUGUCUAGGCCUACAGAGGCCCUCCUUUGGGGGAGCACACCCCUGCUCUGUUAGUGUGAGAAGGCGGUUCCCCCAGGUGACGCCCUCGGACUUCCAGGCUGAGCCAGGGGCGGCAUGGGGGUGCAUAGGGCACAGUCUGCUGGCCUCAGCUUUUGUUCCUGCUGCUUUUAGAGGCCAAUCCUGAAACCCCAAGCCUAGAGUUAGGCUGCCUCUGGGGGCUCAGGAAGCAGACGCCUCCGUGUCGCCCUGGCUGGGUCUCUAGAGCAGGGCACUUCUCAUGGGAACUGCGGGUCCGGGGGUGGAAGGGGUGGGGCGGUGGGGGGAGCAGAGGACCUGCCACGGCUCCUGUCCUGCCAGCCGCGGGCCUGACACCUGUCGUAUUUACGGACCAGACACUGGGGUGGCAUCCGGACAGCUUGUUCUGGGUGUCGCCAUCUUCGGGCUGUCUGGCUGCACCUUAGAAACUAUUUAUUCACCAAGAGCCCUGGGCACUUCAGGAGGUGUCACUUUGGUUACCUUGAAAAGCCCCCAGGGGCUUGCAAUCUUGGAAAAUAUUUUUGACUAGCUCCUUGAGCUGGAUGUACAAAGGAAUAGGCGUUAUUUUAUUGCUGUAAUAUUGUAUGAUACUGUAACUGUACAUUAAUGUCACUUAUUGUAAAUGUACCAGGGUUUUAUUAACAAUAAACACUUGUUAACAAUGACCUUGGCCUUGUCACUCUUGCUAGAGAGUCGCUCAGAGCUGGGGAAGAGAACCCAGGGCUAAUUCCCUGGUUACUCAGGCCUCCAGCCCCAAGCUGGGUUAGGACUCCCCCUACAUACAUAUACAUACACACACACACACACACACCCCACCCUACCCCUGUCAAACAAGCUAGCUGAAGAUACAAAAUUCUUCUCUGUUAAGCACUUAGGUGCCAUUUAUGAGGACAGAAAAGGUGUUUGUGUGGAGGGACGGGAGCCCCCUGCCAGGAGUAAGAUGGCUGUCAGGGGCUUUUCUGAUCUUCCCUGAGCCCAGGCCACCCCCAGCGCCCUCACGUGGGAACUACCAUUGGGGUUGUC